GCAUUCGUUUUCCAAAUCGUCACGUCAGUUGAGAACGGAAAAAAUUAUUAAUUAUUUUAAUAUAAAAAGUAAAAAACUUGUGCAUUAAUAUUCAUCAAUUCGUUCGUUUCGUUAGCCAUGACUGAAAGUAGUACUUUUCCGCACUUUGAAAAGCCAACUGUGCAAUUUAAUGAGCAUGGCUGGGGCCCAUGCGAACUGCCGGACACUUUCAAAGAUAUGCCGUACCAGCCCUUCAGCAAAAGCGAUCGCUUGGGCAAAAUAUGUGAUUGGACCAGUAGUUCCAACAAUGACAAGAAGUAUCAAAAUAAGUAUGCUUCCACAUUUGGCACUGGUAGCCAAUAUGCUUACUACCAUGAAGAAGAUGAAACAACAUUCCAUUUGGUAGACACUACACGCGUACAGAAACCACCACAUCAACGUGGCAGGUUCCGCACCAAUUUGCGUAAUUCUAGGAAUGCACGUGGUCGCAACACCCGUGGUGGUCUUAGCUCUACAAUGACAACUUUAGGAGGCAAAAAUCUUAAAGCACGCGAUACUCGUCGUGGUAUGGGUAAGAAAUUUGGUUCACGUGGUGUACCACCUAAAAUACGUGAAUCAUCUGUGGCAGUGCGUGCGGAUUGGACAUCGGUUGAGGAAAUGGACUUUCCACGUUUAAUGAAAUUGUCUUUACCGAAUAUUAAAGAUGGUGAAGAUAUUGUUACUUGUGGUACACUUGAAUACUAUGAUAAAACUUAUGAUCGUAUUAAUGUGAAGAAUGAAAAACCAUUGCAAAAAAUCGAUCGUAUCGUGCAUACUGUUACCACUACUGAUGAUCCUGUUAUACGUCGCUUAUCGAAGACUGUGGGCAAUGUUUUUGCUACAGAUGCUAUUUUGGCGACCAUUAUGUGCUCGACACGUUCCAAUUAUUCAUGGGAUAUAGUCAUUGAGAAGUUCAAUGACAAGAUCUUUAUGGAUAAACGUGACAACACGGAAUUCGAUUUGCUUACAGUAAAUGAAACUUCUGUCGAACCACCAACUGAUGAUGAUAACUCGCCAAAUUCUCCACGUAAUUUAGCCAUUGAAGCAACCUUCAUUAAUCAUAACUUCAGUCAACAAGUUUUAAAAACCGGUGAAAAGGAGCCAAAAUAUAGAUUUAAGGAAGCAAAUCCUUUCAUUUCUGAAGAUGAAGACGUUGAAGUAGCUAGCGUUGGUUAUCGUUACAAGAAAUGGGAUUUGGGCAGUGAUAUCGUACUCGUUGCUCGUUGUGAACACGAUGGUGUGCUUAUAUCUCCAAACGGUGAACCUCAAUUUUUAUCUAUUAAAACACUUAAUGAAUGGGAUUCUAAAUUGGCUAAUGGGGUUGAAUGGCGUCAAAAAUUGGACACUCAACGUGGUGCUGUUUUAGCCAAUGAAUUGAGAAAUAAUGCUUGCAAAUUAGCUAAAUGGACUGUACAGGCUGUUCUAUCUGGUUCGGAUCAAUUGAAAUUGGGCUAUGUUUCCCGUAUUAAUCCACGUGAUCCUUCACGUCAUGUCAUACUUGGUACCCAACAGUUUAAGCCACACGAGUUUGCUACACAAAUUAAUUUAAGUAUGGAUAAUGCUUGGGGUAUACUGCGUUGCAUUAUUGACAUUGUUAUGAAGCAGAAGAAUGGCAAAUAUUUAAUUAUGAAGGAUCCAAAUAAGCCAAUGAUUCGUUUAUAUGAUAUACCUGAUAAUACCUUCGAUAGUGAUGGUUCCGAUGACGGCGAAGGUGAUGAUGGUGAAGCUUUCCAACCUGUUUAUUCAUAUGGUAACAAAUAAGUCAUUGUGGUUAGGCGUUUUUUUUUUUUUUAAUUAAUAUCAAAAAGUUAAGUAAUUGCUUUAGCGUGUUUUCCAAUCUAAACAACACAAUAAAAACGUCAACAGUUAUUUUAUAUUUUAUUAUAAGCAAAACUAUUAAUUGCAUUGUAUACUAAAAGGCAUAAACUAAAUUACGUGUAUAUGAAAAUACGCAGUGCAUAUUUAAAACAAAUAAAAAAGUUUUGGAUACCGCA